GCAAAGCGGUUGCUGCAUUCCCUCAGCUGUGCGUUUUGAAAACCCUCCCUCCCGACUACACGUCCGCCGCUGUGUCCCAUAGUAUCAACAGAGCUCGUCAUGGCGCUCGGACGCAGGAACUCGCUUCUCCUGUUUUUCUUUGCUUUCUUCUAAAUUUAAUCUACCUGAAUCUCUCGGACUCGGAUUUUUUUGUUGUUUGAACAGAACGACCCAAGAACGAUGACCAGUUCUUUGCUGUGAUAUACAGAUCUGAAUAUGUAAACUUGUGUCCAACUGGGCGAUCAAGAUUUCAGGAUCCCUUUUCCAGGGCGAAUUCCCUACUUUGAGGAACUCGGGAAAGAAACUGUUCUGGAAGAAGAGGAGGAGUGAGAAGGGGCCCUUAUUUAAGUGAAUGCUCGAGAUAUGAUCAUGACUGCGGCAUGGGAGUGACGUGACAGCAGGAUUGGACUUUCCCUCCAAACAACCUUAUAUCCACACUCCCACACCAUGCGCUUCUCUCUUCGGAGAGACAAAACUGUCUGAAUGAACGACUACACUGAGAAAGAUUGUGCGAGUGUGAAAAUGGAUGAGUCUGCGCUCCUGGACCUGUUGGAGUGUCCGGUCUGCCUGGAGCGGCUGGACGCCACGGCAAAGGUGUUGCCGUGCCAGCACACGUUUUGUCGCCGCUGCCUGCUUGGAAUUGUGGGGUCACGCGGAGAACUGCGCUGCCCGGAGUGCCGCACGCUAGUGGAGAGUGGCGUGGAUGAGUUGCCUAGCAACAUCCUCCUGGUACGGCUACUUGAUGGCAUCAAGCAGAGGCCAAGGAGGACGGGAAGCAUGCAUGGCACAUGCACUAAUGGAUCAGCAGCGGCGGUGGUCAGAGCACAGGGUGCCGGAGGAGGCCAGAGGGAUCCAGGUCCCACGGGGGCACAGUCUCAGAGGGUCCAGGCCAAGAGCACUCCAGUUAGGGGAGUUCCUCAGCUACCCUGUGCCAAGGCCUUAUACAACUAUGAUGGCAAAGAACCCGGAGAUCUCAAGUUCAGCAAGGGUGACAUCAUCAUCCUGCGCCGGCAGGUGGAUGAAAACUGGUACCAUGGAGAGAUGGGUGGUGUCCAUGGAUUCUUCCCCACUAACUUUGUCCAGGUCAUCAAACCUCUCCCACAGCCACCCCCUCAAUGCAAGGCCCUGUAUGACUUUGAGCUGAAAGACAAGGAGGCUGACAAGGACUGCUUGCCAUUCUCAAAGGAUGAUAUUCUUACUGUGAUUCGUCGUGUGGAUGAGAACUGGGCGGAAGGCAUGCUGGGAGAUAAGAUUGGCAUCUUCCCCAUAUCUUACGUAGAGUUUAACACUGCAGCUCGACAGCUCAUAGAACUGGACAAGCCAUCUGAAGGUGGGGGUGAUUCCAGUGAAGGGCCAUCGUCCUCUUCCUCAGGCCCCCAGGCCAACGGCUCCCAGAAAGCUACUGGGGAGAAGAAGAACAGUAAGAAGCGACACUCCUUCACCUCCCUGACUAUGUCCCAUAAGCCUUGCCUGGCCCCUCCACCCCAGAGACACUCCAUGGAGAUCAGCGGCCCGGUUCUGAUCAGCUCCUCCAACCCCACAGCUGCAGCCCGGAUCGGAGAACUCAGCGGAGGCCUGUCCUCUAGCGCACCUUCACAGGUUCACAUUUGCACAACAGGACUCAUUGUUACUCCUCCACCUAGCAGUCCUGUCACCACGGCGACAGUUUUCACAUUUCCCCCAGAAACCAGCUAUGCUUCUAUUCCAGUGGAUGCUCUUCCUCCUCCACCUCCUCCUCCACCUCAGUCCCAGUCCUCAGCUGUGGGCGCUGCUGCCUUGAAUGCUGGUCAAAGGCCGUCACCUGCUGCGGGUGACCAGAGUGGCCGUCAGAGACCUACAGUGUAUGUGGCGAUGUUUCCCUACACGCCCCGUAAGGAAGAUGAGUUGGAAUUGAGGAAGGGAGAGAUGUUUCUGGUGCUGGAGCGCUGUCAGGACGGCUGGUUUAAAGGAACAUCCAUGCACACUGGCAAGAUUGGAGUGUUCCCUGGUAACUACAUGAGUCCUGUCAACAGGACUGUUUCUGGCAGCAGUCAGCCAAAAGUUCCCCUGACCCUGUGCUCCCAGGCUGGACGUGGCGUCACCAUUGUUAGCCCCUCCUCUGCUCCUCUUGGAGCCGCCCUGGGGAGUGUCGACCCCAGCAAACCCCUUCCAGUCUGCCCAAAUCCCACCCCAUCUUGCUCACUACCUGCUGCUGUAGUAACAGCUGCACAUAUACCCACUGGUCAGCACCCCAAAGUGCUCAUGCAUGUGACGUCACAGAUGACAGUUAACCAGGCACGCAGUGCGGUCAGAACAGCUGUGAGUCACAGUCAGGACCGGCCUACGGCAGCAGUGACGCCCAUCCAAUCCCACAAUCCUGUGGCUUACCUUCCUAGCACAGCUGUGGUUCUUCAGGCCUCACCUGUCCUCGGCUCCAGCCCGGGAUCCUCCUCAGCCAGAGUCGGUGUGGCUAUGGGAUGUGCGGCCGCCUCCUUGACCCCUCCUAAUGUUAGCGCUGCUUCUUUGGACGGUGAUGUCAUGAGACCUGUGUCUGUGGUAACACUUCCUGUGAACCCUGGCAGCGCAAAAUCUCUGGGUGCAGCCUCGAACCAUGGUGUUGCUUGUAGAUUGGAUAAAGACUGCAAGAGAGAGAAGAAAGGCCUGCUGAAACUGCUAUCUAAUAAAAAGAAGCUCCGCCCAUCUCCUCCAUCCUCCCCUACACUGGAAGCGGAGCAAUCUAUUUCCAUGGAGAUCCCCCAGGGGGCCGUUGGACCUGAAAUGGCUCCGCCCAGCUCAGCAUCGGUGGCGGUAGGACACAACGGUCGCGCUGUGCCCUGUCCCAUGGAUUCUGAGCUCUCUGUGUCCUCAUCUUCAUCAAACGCAGAUGCAGCGUCACACAGGAGCAGCUCCCAGGACAACACCGCCCCGAUCGCCCCGCCUCCACGACAGCCAUGCUCCUCCCUCCUCUCCAUGCAGCACGACGGACGACCGAUCGUGUGUGAAAGGUACCGUGUGGUGGUGUCUUACCCUCCCCAAAGCGAAGCAGAGCUGGAACUCAAGGAGGGAGACAUUGUAUUUGUGCACAGAAAACGAGAGGACGGCUGGUUUAAAGGAACACUACAGAGAAACGGUCGAACCGGGCUGUUUCCUGGCAGCUUUGUUGACAGUAUCUAACGCACAUGGUGUCUAAGAACGUAAUAACUAGAUAUCAAAUUCUCCAUCACUGAAAAUACAACACUGAACUUCAGCCUUAAUAGUUCAGAUUGAUGAUCAGUAGGACUGGGCUGCUUGUGACUGUGAUCCGACUGCUGGAGUCUGCAAACUAUGAGGGUCGUCUUUUGCAUGGAUUUGACAACAGUCUUACGAAAAUCUCAAAACCACCUUGACCGGUCCUAGUCGUUCAGCAUUAGAUCAAAUACUUUCUUGAAACACACAGAAGUGAGAGAGUUUUAGUCGUCGCAAUAGGUACCCUAUUUCUAGCACAGUAGAUGAAGUUGUGAUAGGAUUCGUUAAUUUAUGCAUAUGUAACAUUUCAAAGACGUUUAAUGUGUGCCUUGUACUGUCUCACUUUACUGUAUAUAAGCAAAGCGAAGCUGAUCUGAGUCAUGACAAGAACAAUAUGAUUUUUUUCAUCUGAAAAACAUUUAACUUAUUUUUGUUUUGUAGGAACUGAGUUUUUGAGGGAAGUUUUGUUAUGUGAGCCGAUUGGUCAAAUGCCUGUAGAGCCUGAAUAAUGUCACUGAUGGUCAUUUGCUUGAAAUAAAACAAAAAUCAAUACCUGAUAAAGAACUCAGAAAGGUUGGUUUGACCAUCCAUGUUUACUUCAGCUGCAUGUAAUUGGCUCUUUGAGUCAUAGGACAAGCCUGUAGUCUCGUGUUCUGUGUGUAAACCGAAAAGGUGAAAUGGCAUUUGUAAAGGUUUGCUGUAGCUACACUGAGUGAGGGAAUGAAGGAUAGCAUAGUAUGUUUUUUAAAAAAGAACAAUAUUACCCUCAGACAUCUUAAUCAAAUAUUGCUAAUAAUCCUUUGCAAUAACAUUAUGGUCUAAUUGAUGGUUUUGGAUAGUAGAAAAGUCAUUGAACAGAACAGAAACAAUCACUCGUAUUAAGGCACACACACCCCGAUAUCUUACAGUGAUAGUGCCAUUAUGCUUUUGUGCACAUGUGUUUGUGUGUUUGUUCCCUCUCUGGUUUUUACAGCUGCUUUAGUUUCCUUCAGAAUGCUGUACCGGUCCAUACAACCAACCCGUUUGCUCCUGUUUGAGCUCCCGAAAAUCAUCUUCAUUGAUUAUUACAGUUAUGCCGUUUGCAGUAGCCUUAACAUUACAUUACAAACUGCUUGAUUUCACGUGAGUGAGCUAGAAACAAUGUCUAACCAAAUUCACACACAUUGACAUUGGUUUUUAUUUCUCCAAGCCGGGUCUGUUCUGAUGUUGUCUGCUGUACUUUAGUAUUUUAUGUGAUAUUUCAUGUUCUGUAUACUUGAAAAUGGUGUUUGUGUAUUUCUAUGCUUCCUACAGUAGAUGAAAUGUUUUAUUAUUAUUAUUAUUAUUAUUAUGAAAGCACAAAAUUGAUCUUUGAUAUUAUUAUUAUUAUUUUUUUUUUUAGUAUUGAUAGAUAUGAUUUAUGCCCCUUAAAACGGUUCAUUUUGGAGAUUGCUCUCUUCUGUUGUUGUCUUGAUGCCUUUACAACUAACAAGAUGGCCUUCAGUUGUUGUGUUAGUGAGAUUUACCAAACCUGUUAAAAGGUUUUAUUUGAAUCAUUAGAUUAAACCAGGAGCAUUUCACUGCUGGAAUCAAGCAUGUUCAGACAGAGUUGAUACAUUAAAAAGAGAGUUGAUUUCAGUCAAGAUUUUAUUCACACAUUGCAAGUCAGUAAAUGGCGUAUUAGUCACACAGCAGAACAAAAUUCACUUAACAUUUCAUUUAAACUUAUUAAAGUGUGUGUUAGAUGUGAGGGGUACAAAAUAAAGUAAUAACUUUUAUGAAACAUG